AUGCCGGCGACAAAGACGGCUUCAACUUGCACCGUGGACGACGUGCAGGGCAGCCAUGUCUUCAGCAUCUUGCGGUACAGCAAGCAUAGGGGCGCCGGCUUGGGCAAGUUCAUCAUGUCCGGCGUCUUUUCUGUCGGGGGGUAUGAUUGGGCGAUCCGCUUCUACCCUGAUGGGUUUGACGCGCACUACAAAGAUUAUAUAGCUGUUUAUCUCGAGCUCCUGAGCAAGGCCGCCAAGGUGCGGGCAUCAUGUGACUUGAGGCUGGUCGAUCAGAGCACAGGGCUCUCCUCAUCGAUGUUCAUGACAGGGCCGAGGGUGUUCAACGAAAAUGAUGUCAGCAGGUAUGCUCCACAACAUGCUUGCUUUAUAAACCGAAGUGAGUUUGAAGCAUCGGCUUACCUUCUGGACGAUCACCUGGCGAUCGAAUGUGUUGUCACUGUCAUGAAAGAAACGCGGGUGUCUGAAACCCGAUCAUCCCCCAAAGUUGACGUGCCACUGUCCGACAUCACGACACAUCUUGGGAAGCUACUGGAAUCGAAGGAGACAGCGGAUGUCACAUUCAGCGUCAGAGGUGAAACAUUUGCGGCACACAGGAUCAUCCUUGCCAUGCGAUCGCCUGUGUUCAAAGCAGAGCUCUAUGGGCCGAUAGGGGAGACAGGAACGGAGUUCAUAAACAUCAAAGAGAUGCAGCCUGACGUCUUUAAGGCCCUGCUCCAUUUCAUCUAUACUGAUUCCUUGGAUAUCAUUGAUGAUCUUGAGGGAAAUGAUCACAGUGAAAUGAUUCGCCACUUACUUGUGGCUGCUGAUCGAUAUGCCAUGGAGAGGCUAAAGUUGCUCUGUCAAAGCAUCCUCUGUGAGAAUCUUGAUGUGCAGAAUGUGGCAACUACAUUGGCUCUAGCCGACCAGCAUCACUGCAAUAUUCUUAAGGAUGCUUGCAUUGAAUGUAUAUCUUCUUUAAAUAUAGAUGACGUGGUGGCAACCCAAGGGUAUGUGAAUCUUAGAAAAACUGGUCCGUCUAUCUUACUAGAUGCAUUGGUGGAGAUGAGGAGGAGGUUCUACAAGACUUUAGACCAGCAGCUCAAUAUAUAA